GCGUGCCGGUGCGGAGCGCCGAGGCUGCCGCGAUGACGCCGCGGUCGCCCGAGGACGCGUCGUCGCCCAGCACCGACCUCCCCCUCUGGCCCGCGCAGCCCACCUCGCCGAGCGCGGCGAGGUGCCGCGGCGCCGCUUCCCUGCAGGGCCGGCGCGACUCCUCCGCGGGCGCCUCGCGCCUCCCCGGCCCGCUGGAGCGGCUCCGGGUGCUCUGCAAGAACCCGCCGGAGUUCCCGGGCGGCGGAGGAGGCGCCGAGGCCCUCUCCUUUGGCGGCCCCGGCGCUCCCGCGCGUCCGUCGAGGAGGGCCUCCACGACGCUGCUGCCGAGGCUCUCCUCCGCCGGGACGCUGCAGCCCCUCGCGGGCACCUCCAGGCGGAGGUCCGUGCACGACGUCCUCGUGGCGGCGCAGCCCGCGGUCGGCCAGGCGCUGUCGCGUGCGGGUGGCCGCCGGCGCAGCGUCGGCGUGCUCCACCAGGAGGGCGUGCCGCAGGCGGAGCGGCAGGACUGCCUCGUGUCCCAGCCGCAGCUCCUGCAGCGCCGGGGGGGCGGGGAGGAGCUGCAGGCGCGGCGCGGCUCCUGGUCGGAGCCCGUGCGGCGCCUGCCGCGCCCGGAGCCAGGCGCGGAGCGCAGCUCCGCGGACUUCGCGGGGCCGCACCAGCGCCGCGCGACCCUUGGCGCUGCGGGCAAGCUGGCGGCGCUGGCGAAGCUCGUGCAGGAGGAGGGCUUCGGUGGCGACCCCGACGAGGAGUCGCACGGUGGGCCGAGCCCCACGACGCUCGAGUCACUGGAGGAGUGCUCGUCCACCUCUGCGAGCGACGACGGCCAGGUGGCCCCCGCCGUCCUGGAGGUGCACGUGCCUCUCGGAGCCACGCUGCUCGAGAUUUACUCUGGCUACGCGGACGAGGGGGCGGAGGUGCACGACAGGUUCACGCUCUUGGCAUUCAAGCGCUUCGCGAGCCCUGGGACCAACGAGAUUGCGCGCGAUCGCCUGCACGACGCCCUCGUGCACGUGGGCUUCAUGACCAGUACUCGGGAGCAAGCCCUCGACCUCGCCACGAAGCUGUCCAAGUUCCACAACUUCGACUACAUGGACUUCUGCGAGUACGUGAGCAGGUUUGCCGCCCUGGAGCGCGCUGCCGUGCGCCGGCGCGCGGACGCGUGCGUGGCGGAGCGCUCCAGCCACGCCGGCGCCGCGGCGGCUCUCGAGCAGACUCAGCAGUUUCUCCGCUCCGCCGGCGUGUGCCUACCUUAUAGCAGCGUGGAGAGUGCGCGGCAGGCAGCGCAGCUGGACCACGUGAGUCCAGAGGACAUGAGCACCAACGACCUCCUGCUAACCCUGGCCUCGUGCAGGGUGGACGAAGGCUUCACCAAGGAGGAGGUAGCAGCCGCGCACCAGGUCUUCAGCGAGCUGGAGCAGGACCAGCGUGAUCCUCCGGGUGGCUGGGGCCCCGUGGCCAAGGCUUCCAUGCUUCUCGAAGGCUUGCUUCAGUUCACUGGCCUUUACAGCGUCGACUACAUGGAUUCGCUGGCGGACAUAUUGCCCUCCGACUCAGCUGAGCAGCAGAGCGUCUGCUUCCACGAGUUUCUAAUCUGGGCGCGCCGGCUGCGCGACCCCAUGAUGCAGGACCUUUGGAAGUGUUUCAAUGACUUUGACACCAGCGGCUCGGGCCUGAUCCAGCUGGACACCGCCAUCAGCAUCGCGGCGAAGUUCGGCAUCACCCUACUAACCGACGCUUUAGAUGAGCUCGUGUCGGACCUUGACCUGCAGAACGCCAGCGCCCUGACCUUCGACACGGUGGUGCGGUUUAUGUGCGCGGCGCGGAAGAUGCAUGGCUUCUCUCGCUCCGAGCGGGAGGAUUUCAGCGCCGCCUUCCAGAAGUUCAAUUACCACGGAACGGGCGAGCUGACGCACCUUCAGGUACUCGAACUGCUUCGGCACCUCGGGAAUACCACCAGCGUCGACGAGGUCAGUUCCCUGAUCAAGCGGGUUGAUUUCAAUAAGAACGGCUCAAUGGACCGCCAUGAGUUUUUGAGGUUGAUGAGGUUCAUGCGCGAGCAAGAUAUCCGGGGCGCCCGCAAGGCCUUCGAUAAGCUGCGCAGCCCCACUGGCCAGAUGCCCAUCGGGUCUGUCAAGGAUGCCCUGGCCAAGCUGCAGCUCUUCCCACAGGAUAACGUGCUCGCCGAGCUCCUGCAAGACAUGCCAGCAGAGGUAUGCUUCACGUCCUUCAUGCACAUCAACGACCGAUGCCGCUUCCGCAUGAACCUCGAGUUCCGGAUGCGCGCAGGCUUCCAAGAAAGCACUAUCGCAGAGAUCGCGAAGUUCUGGCAUGGCGGUGAUUCUCCGAGACGCUUUGCCACCAUUGGCGACUCAUUUGGAUGUUCACUGGCUCCCACGGGAUCCCUGUGA